AUGUUCAGCUGCAAGCAGCUUGGUGGUUAUCCGGCUCUCCUACAGCAGUGCUGGAUUCAUGAGUAUUUUCCUACACUUGGAAAAAGAGGAGAGAACUGGAUACCAGCUAAUAAUGUGGGUCUCCCACGAGCGAUGAGAUGGUCCUAUAGGCAAUGUGCCUUGAAGGUGGAUGACUUGCGGCCUAUUCUGGACGAGCUGACACUUGCUGAUGUCAUAUGGCGCCCAUUCGAGAAUCAUAGAACAUGGCGUCAGUUUCAUGAGUUAUGUCUCUAUAGGGGGUGUCUGAGGUGGGGUGACAUUAUUGUUCCAUACAUGCCUGACAGAUGUUUGCGUCAGUUUGGAUACAAGCAGUAUAUUCCACAUCCACCUCUUGAUUCUCGAAUGGCGGGUGAUAUUGAUGUUGACUGGAUUAGUUACCAUCAGAGCGUUCAGAAUGUGAUUCGUCCGACAACACCGGCCACCACCCCACCUAAGAGUACAACGACAUAUUUCUUUGUUAGUUCCAACAUAAUCAACUCGUUUUAA